GGUGAAGAGACUACAUGUCCCAGAAUCCCCUGUGAGUGACAUCUUCCUUUGUCUGUGUUUCCUCUCUCCCUCCGUCCGGUUGGUUGGAUGAGUCCCAAACACAAACAGAACUGUGAGCAGUGAUUGGGCGCUGAGCCAGACCAGGUAGCCAACGGGGAGCCAGGCUAGCCAUCAUGGCGGAUGUUGACCCAGACACCCUGCUGGAGUGGCUGCAGAUGGGUCAGGGCGAUGAGCGGGACAUGCAGCUCAUCGCUCUGGAGCAGCUCUGCAUGCUGCUGCUCAUGUCGGACAAUGUCGACCGCUGCUUCGAGACCUGUCCUCCUCGGACGUUCCUCCCGGCACUCUGUAAGAUCUUCCUGGAUGAGAGCGCACCAGAUAACGUGCUGGAGGUCACAGCCCGUGCCAUCACCUACUACCUGGAUGUCUCGGCAGAGUGCACCCGGAGAAUUGUGGGAGUGGACGGAGCCAUCAAGGCGCUGUGCAACCGGCUGGUGGUGGUGGAGCUCAACAACAGGACCAGCAGGGACCUGGCUGAGCAGUGUGUCAAGGUGCUGGAGUUGAUCUGUACCAGGGAGUCCGGUGCGGUGUUCGAGGCCGGCGGCCUGAACUGCGUGCUGAGCUUCAUCAGAGACAGCGGCCACCUCGUCCACAAGGACACUUUGCACUCAGCCAUGGCCGUGGUGUCCCGACUCUGCAGCAAGAUGGAGCCUCAGGACUCGUCUCUGGAGACCUGCGUCGAGUCUCUGUCCAGCCUCCUCAAACAUGAAGACCACCAGGUAUCAGAUGGUGCCCUGCGCUGUUUCGCCUCGUUGGCUGAUAGGUUCACCCGCCGCGGCGUGGAUCCCGCCCCUUUAGCCAAACAUGGCCUGACAGAGGAGCUGCUGUCCCGCAUGGCGGCCGCUGGUGGCACCGCGUCAGGCCCCGCCUCUUCCUGUAAGCCGGGCCGGACCUCGACAGGCGCCGCCCCCUCAGCCCCCGACUCCAAGCUGAGCAACCAGGUGUCGACCAUCGUCAGCCUCCUGUCCACACUGUGCAGGGGCUCGCCACUCGUCACACACGACCUGUUGCGUUCGGCGCUGCCUGACUCGAUGGAGUCUGCUCUGGGGGGAGACGAGCGCUGCGUUCUGGAUACCAUGCGGCUGGUGGACCUCCUGCUUGUGCUGCUGUUCGAGGGGCGAAAGGCGCUGCCCAAGUCCACGGCCGGGUCCACGAGUCGGAUUCCUGGCUUGCGACGCCUGGACAGUUCAGGAGAGAGAUCGCACCGACAGCUCAUUGACUGUAUCCGCAGCAAGGACACCGACGCUCUGAUCGACGCCAUCGACACCGGAGCUUUUGAGGUGAACUUCAUGGACGAUGUUGGACAGACGCUGCUCAACUGGGCUUCGGCUUUCGGCACGCAGGAAAUGGUGGAGUUUCUAUGUGAAAGGGGAGCAGACGUAAACAGAGGUCAGAGGUCAUCCUCACUACAUUACGCUGCCUGUUUUGGACGCCCACAAGUAGCCAAGACUCUGCUGCGUCAUGGUGCCAACCCUGACCUGCGAGAUGAGGACGGAAAGACUCCUCUGGACAAGGCCAGGGAGAGAGGACACAGUGAGGUGGUGGCUAUUCUGCAGUCCCCUGGAGACUGGAUGUGUCCUGUGAACAAGGGUGACGACAAGAAGAAGAAAGAUGUGAACAAGGAGGAGGAGGAGGGCAGCGAGCCCAAAGGAGACCCAGAGAUGGCUCCGAUCUACCUGAAGAGACUGCUGCCUGUUUUUGCACAAACCUUUCAGCAAACCAUGCUGCCUUCUAUUAGGAAAGCCAGUCUGGCUCUGAUCAGGAAGAUGGUUCACUACAGCAGUGACGUGCUGCUGAAGGAGGUGUGUGACAGUGAGACGGGACACAACCUGCCCACGGUGCUGGUGGAGAUCACAGCUACCGUCCUCGACCAGGAGGAUGACGACGACGGCCACCUCCUGGCUCUGCAGAUUAUACGAGACCUGGUGGACAAAGGCGGAGACGUUUUCCUCGAUCAACUGGCUCGACUCGGAGUCAUCAACAAGGUGUCAACUCUGGCAGGACCGGCAUCAGAUGACGAGAAUGAGGACGAAGCAAAGCCAGAAAAGGAGGAGGAGGUGCAGGAGGAUGCAAGGGAGAUCCAGCAGGGGAAGCCGUACCACUGGAGGGACUGGUCCAUCAUUAGGGGGAGGGACUGUCUCUACAUUUGGUCGGACGCCGCUGCCCUUGAGCUCUCCAACGGCUCCAACGGCUGGUUCAGGUUCAUCCUGGACGGAAAGCUGGCCACCAUGUACUCCAGCGGGAGUCCAGAGGGGGGCUCAGACAGCUCUGAGUCUCGCAGUGAGUUCCUGGAGAAGCUGCAGCGGGCGAGGAGUCAGGUGAAGCCAGUGACGGCCAGUCAGCCAAUCCUGUCCAGUGUGGGCCCCACUAAGCUGACUGUGGGGAACUGGUCUCUGACCUGCCUGAAGGAAGGAGAGAUCGCCAUCCACAACUCAGACGGGCAGCAGGCCACCAUCCUGAAGGAGGACCUGCCGGGCUUCGUCUUUGAAUCCAACAGGGGGACCAAACACUCGUUCACAGCAGAGACAUCUCUAGGCUCUGAGUUUGUAACUGGCUGGACGGGGAAGCGAGGCAGGAAGCUGAAGUCGAAGCUGGAGAAGACGAAGCAGAAGGUGAAGAGCAUGGCGAGGGAGCUGUACGACGACCACUUCAAAGCUGUAGAGAGCAUGCCCCGAGGGGUGGUGGUCACCCUGAGGAACAUCUCCACACAGCUGGAGUCCGCCUGGGAGCUGCACACCAACAGACAGGCUUUGUGUCCACAGUGUAUUGAAGGGGAGAACACGUGGAGGGACCUGAUGAAAACUGCUCUUGAAAACCUGAUCGUGGUUCUGAAGGAUGAAAACACGAUUUCUCCAUAUGAGAUGUGUAGCAGUGGCCUGGUCCAGGCUCUGUUCACUGUCCUCAACAACAGUGUGGAACUGGACCUCAAACAUGAUUGUAAGCCUUUAAUGGAGAGGAUCAAUGUCUUUAAGGCGGCUUUCAGCGAGAACGAAGACGAUGAAAGCCGACCAGCUGUUGCCUUAAUCCGUAAACUAAUAGCUGUCCUGGAGUCGAUUGAACGUCUACCUCUGCACCUGUACGACACUCCAGGAUCCUCAUACAACCUGCAGAUCUUGACGAGGAGGUUGCGUUUCCGUCUGGAGCGAGCGCCUGGAGAGACGGCACUGAUUGACCGGACGGGACGGAUGUUGAAGAUGGAACCGCUCGCCACUGUGGAGUCACUGGAGCAGUACCUGCUGAAGAUGGCGAGGACACACACAACAACACAAAUACCAUGACUUCUCUUAACCCUGUCCCUCUGGUGAUAUUUCUCUGUUGUCGGCAGAGAG